AUGGACGGCAACUAUUACAACCCAAACAUGGCCAGCAAUUUUGGUGAGUCAUGACAACUUAUCCUCAUUUCAAAAGUGAAGAGUGGUGUGUUUUGUCUCCCUGCUGCACAACGUGAACUCUGAUAUUACUUGUGCUUUCUUAGGAGGGAUGAAAAACUAUUUUCUAGUUGAUGCUUUUUUUUUUAAUAAUCUAACAAGACAUUUUGGGGUACAUGGGGAAAAAUGUUAAUUAAAAGUCUUCAUUUUUUUGUAACUGAGAAGCCAAUGAUUCUACCUUUUGAAAACUUCAAUCACAGUUUAUUUCUUAACAGUUUGGUCAUGAGAAGAAAACCUCUACAUUGUAUUGAUUGCAUACAUGUAACUACAUAAAGCACUAGAUGGACAUGUGUAGCUUAAUUUUUUAUUUUAACAAAGGGACAGUGAAGGCAUUUGAAUGAUAAAAAUGUUAUUUUUGAUCCAAAGUAUCAGGGUCCUCUUUAGAAUAAAGUUCAGAACCUAAGUUUGAUAGUGAAACUGUGUUGUUAGCCAAACUCUUUUCUAUUUGAUAUAAUAAAAUAGUUAACAGUAUCUGUUUUUGGUGACUUUAUCUGUUGCACUCUUCCUUUCUGAGUGAACUGCCCUAACCCAAAACCUUAUCCAAUCUCUUUAACUUUUUACACAGGGUACACCAUUACAAAAAAUGAUGAGGUGAGAAUAGUGAUGGUGGGGAAGACUGGAGUUGGGAAAAGUGCCACUGGAAACACCAUCCUGGGAAAAGACUGCUUUGAAUCAAAGUUCAGUGCUCAGUCCAUGACUGUGGACUGCUCCAAAGGCAAGGGCACAGUGGACGGACAAAAGGUGGCUGUGAUUGACACCCCAGGCCUGUUUGAUACCAGGUUUGGGAUGGACAAGACAGCCAAAGACAUCAGCCAGUGCAUCACUUAUGCUUCUCCUGGUCCCCAUGUGUUCAUGGUGGUCAUCCGUCUGGGUAGAUACACUGAAGAGGAGAAGCAGACGGUGCAAAGGAUUCAAGAGAUCUUUGGUCAGGCAGCAGACAGAUACAGCAUGGUUCUCUUUACCGGAGGAGAUGAGUUAGAGGUGGAAGAAAAAACUAUUGAGGGUUUCUUGGCUCAAAGUCCAGAGCUGCUCGCAAUUGUUGCUCAAUGUAAUGGCCAGUACCAUGUCUUCAACAACAGGAAAAAAAAAGAGCGCUCUCAGGUUACUGAGCUGUUCCAGAAGAUCAGAAAAAUAGUCCAGAAGAAUGGAGGAAGCCACUACACCAAUGAGAUGUUCCAAGAGGCUGAGAGGGCAUUUGAGGAGGAGGAACGACGCAUCCAGAAGGAGAAAGAGGAGCAAAUACGCAAAGAAAAAGAGAAACUUGAGAGGGAAAUACAGCAACAGUAUGAAAAAGAGAUGAGGAGAAUCAGAGAUCAACUCCAGGCUGAGAGAGAGAGGGAGAGGGAAGAAAGAGAAAGAGAGAGAAGGAGAGAAAUGGAGAUAAGGGAGUGGAAGAGGCAGAUGGAGUUAGUGGAGAGGGAAGCUGAGAGGAGAAGAGUUCAAGAGGAAAGAGAGAGAGACUUAGAAAAUAUGAGGAUGCUUUUACAGAGACAACGUGAAGCAGAAUUGGAAGAACAAAGAGAAAGGUUAAGAAGACAAGCGCAACAACAAGCUGAACCAGACGUUUGUACAAUUCUAUAA